AUGUUUUCUAACAUACCUGUUAAACUAGAGCGCAAUUCUAAAAAAUGCGAAAAAGAAGAAAAAGUAGAAAAAUCUAAAGUUAAGAAAGCUAUUCAGAAGGGAAAUAUGGAAGGGGCUCGGAUACAUGCCGAAAAUGCAAUACGGCAGAAAAAUCAAGCUUUAAAUUAUUUACGAAUGAGUGCAAGGGUGGACGCUGUUGCUAGUAGAGUGCAAACAGCUUUGACAACACGAAAAGUAACACAGUCAAUGGCUGGUGUAGUAAAAGCUAUGGAUGCAGCAAUGAAAUCGAUGAAUUUAGAAAAAAUUUCUGGCUUAAUGGACAAGUUCGAAAGUCAAUUUGAAGAUUUAGAUGUUCAAAGUUCUUAUAUGGAAAACGCAAUGUCACAAACUACUACAACAAACGUACCACAGAAUGAUUCCUCACUUUUUUCUCACUUGGUUAUACCUUUGUAA